AUUUGGAUGAAGAAAGACAUACAAUCAAAAAGAUUGUUCCCUGUUCCUGCCUCACAUCACAACAGCACUAAAUCUGAUGACCUGCACAUCCCUCUCACCCCUCUCACCACUCUCACGACCAAGCCUGUGGCUCAUAUUGGUAUGGCCCCACAUGAGGUGCACCAGAUCCUAGAGUUGCUCCACUGGCCUGGUCCAGACAAACAAAUUGAAGAUUUCCUCCAAACCACCACUCCAUCCAACACAUAUUUCUACAUUCCCGGGCUGGGGAAGAGCUACAAGGUAGGGGAGGAGCUACGUGUCACUGUGGUGGCCAGGGAUUUCCACCAGAAGCCCAAGCAAUAUGGAGGUGACUACUUCCAGGCCAAACUUUUCUCAUCCAAACUGAAGGCGAGUGUGUUUGGGGAGGUUACAGAUCUGGAGAAUGGGUCCUACUCAGUGCGCUUUCUCCUGCCCUGGUCUGGGGAGGCUUGGGUAGCUGUACGCCUGAUCCACUCUAGCGAGGCUGUGCAGGUCCUGAAACAACUCCGGAAGUAUCAGUCGGACCGCGUCUACUUCAAGGGCCUGUUCGUGGGAACAGGUCUCAAUGGGAAAAAGCUUAAAGAGACGAUGGAGUGCAAUUCAAAGUGGGAUGGGGCUGGUCUGGAACGUAUGCAGAAGAGUAACUGCUGUGAGUAUCCAGACCCAAAAACAGGAGAGGUGUGGCUGUGCAAGAGGCCCAAAUAUCUGCCCUGUGAUGCCCUGGUCUACCAUGUGGUUGGGGGCUACAGGGCGAAACUUGGUAGUCUGCAAAACAAACUCCUGGGCAGCAAAUUUACCAAUCGAUGGAUCAAAGGGACGAACAACACAAUUAUAAUUAAUCCCUCCAAUACAACUGUUGGUGCGACAGAGAGAUGCAGACCUGGGCUGCAAAUCCCAGUCCCAGCUGGGUUCUACAUGAGGGACGUGUGGACCUCUCUGGUCUGCACCACCGGCCAUUUUAAUGCUCCCAAAAUAACCCAGUGCCUCAAGGACAGAGAGCUCUUCAUGAUGGGAGACUCCACCAUGAGGCAGUGGUACCAUUAUCUGGGAAGUUCCGUGCCCAGCAUGAAAUACAUCAACCUUCACUCCGCUGAACAGACAGGUCCUCUCUUGGCGGUGGAUGUGGAAAAUAACAUAGUCUUGCAUUGGAGGGCUCAUGGCACACCACUGCGCUCUAAAGCGGCCCCAUUUGCUGACUUGCACUACAUCAGCAAUGAGAUUGACAGUAUAGCAGGCGGGUCCCGCAAGGUCAUCAUCUUCAACAUUUGGGCGCACUUCACAACUCACCCGCUUGAGUAUUACAUCCGUCGAGUGGCAAGGAUUCGGCAAGCUGUUAUUGCACUGCUGAAGCGGGCGCCAGACACAAUUGUCGUAAUUAAGUCUGCCAACACCACAAAACUCAAGAAUGUGUACAGCUCUGACUGGUUUUCAAUACAGUUGGACAUAAUAUUGAGAACCGCCUUCCAGGGGAUUAAUGUAGCAUUCAUAGACGUCUGGCAAAUGACAUCCUGCCACUACAGUAAAGAAAGUAUCCAUCCCAACCCAACUGUCAUUCGGAAUGAGAUCAACCUAUUGUUGUCAUUCAUCUGUCCUGUCUGAAUGACCAUUUCUCUUUGAUCCCACUUGUUCUGUCUCACAGUAUCGUAUACUAUUCAACACAAAAAUACGUUUUCAAGAAGAGAUAAUGAUUGGCAAAGCCGAAAAAAUAUCACUGUCACAUUCAAGAGAGAAUAUUUGAUUGAAUCCUCAGCAGCCUGCCCAGUGGUACAUGUUGUUUGAAGUAGAUCACCAUAGUUACAGUACUCAUAGCAGGUAUUAAUGCAUUGUAUGUU